AGCCACACUACAAAUAUUUUAUAUGGCUUUAUCACACCUGCCUGUUUUGGUCACACUGGCAGCAGUGCAGAGUUUUUGCUUGCAACGAUCUGUUGUGUUCGGCUUGCGUUCGGUUAUUUUGUUAUAAAGAAAACGGGCUGUGGUAUUGGAUGCCAGGACCAGGAACAGUAAAUGAAGGACGACGAAUAUGGUCAUAGUAACACGUGGUGACUACAUCUGGAUAGAACCCGCAUCUGGGCGAGAAUUCGAUGUGGCCAUUGGAGCACGUGUCAUAUCCGCAGAGGGCCGUCGCAUACAAGUGCGAGACGAUGAUGGCGACGAAGUUUGGCUUGCGCCAGAGCGUCGAAUCAAAGCAAUGCACGCCUCAUCUGUACAGGGUGUCGAGGAUAUGAUAUCCUUGGGCGAUCUGCAUGAAGCUGGAAUACUGCGAAAUCUGCUUAUACGCUACAAAGAGAAUCUAAUAUACACUUACACUGGCUCCAUUUUGGUCGCUGUCAAUCCGUAUCAGAUACUACCCAUCUACACGGGGGAUCAGAUUAAGCUGUAUAAGGAACGCAAAAUUGGCGAAUUGCCGCCUCACAUUUUCGCAAUUGGAGACAAUGCCUAUGCACAUAUGAAACGCUAUCGCCAGGACCAGUGUAUAGUAAUCUCUGGUGAAUCCGGUGCUGGCAAAACAGAGAGCACAAAACUGAUAUUACAAUACCUGGCUGCAAUAAGCGGAAAGCACUCGUGGAUUGAACAGCAGAUACUAGAGGCAAAUCCUAUACUUGAAGCUUUUGGAAAUGCUAAAACAAUACGCAACGAUAAUUCUUCAAGGUUCGGAAAAUAUAUUGACAUCCAUUUUAGCGCAAACGGAGUUAUUGAGGGGGCUAAGAUCGAACAAUAUUUGUUGGAAAAAUCGCGCAUUGUAUCGCAGAAUCACAGCGAACGUAAUUAUCAUGUGUUCUACUGUAUAUUGGCGGGUCUGUCCAGUGAUGAGAAGAGCCGUUUGGAUCUGGGCGUGGCGUCCGACUAUAAAUAUUUAACUGGGGGUAACAGCAUUACCUGUGAGGGACGUGAUGAUACUGCUGAGUUCUCAGAUAUAAGAUCUGCAAUGAAAGUACUACUUUUUUCGGAUCAGGAGAUCUGGGAGAUAAUUAAACUGCUGGCCGCGUUACUGCAUUGUGGAAACAUCAAAUAUAAGGCAACAGUUGUCGAUAAUCUAGAUGCAACAGAAAUACCUGAACACAUAAAUGUUGAACGUGUUGCCGGACUACUUGGACUUCCAAUACAACCGUUGAUCGAUGCUUUAACUCGACGCACUUUGUUCGCUCAUGGCGAAACUGUCAUCUCGACUCUGUCCCGUGAUCAGUCGGUUGAUGUGCGCGAUGCCUUUGUAAAAGGCAUCUAUGGGCGCCUAUUUGUGCAUAUUGUGCGCAAGAUCAAUACGGCCAUAUUUAAACCGAGAGCCACAUCGCGCAAUGCUAUCGGUGUGUUGGACAUAUUUGGAUUCGAAAACUUCGAUCAAAACAGUUUCGAACAGUUUUGCAUCAAUUAUGCGAACGAAAAUUUACAGCAGUUCUUUGUGCAGCAUAUUUUCAAGUUAGAACAAGAGGAAUAUAAUCAUGAAGCUAUUAACUGGCAACAUAUUGAGUUCGUGGACAAUCAGGACGCAUUAGAUUUAAUUGCUAUAAAACAGUUAAACAUUAUGGCUCUGAUCGAUGAGGAGGCUAGGUUCCCCAAAGGCACUGAUCAAACGAUGCUCGCAAAGUUACACAAGACGCAUGGAGCCCAUAAGAACUAUCUGAAACCGAAGUCGGAUAUCAAUACAAGCUUUGGUCUCAAUCAUUUUGCUGGUGUUGUGUUUUAUGACACACGCGGUUUUCUGGACAAGAAUCGAGACACUUUCAGCCCUGAUCUCUUGCACUUAGUUAGCCAGAGCGGAAACAAGUUCUUACGUCAAAUCUUUGCGCAGGAUAUUGAAAUGGGUGCGGAAACUCGAAAACGCACGCCAACACUUUCCACACAAUUCCGGAAGAGUCUUGACGCGCUCAUGAAGACACUUAGCAGUUGCCAGCCGUUCUUUAUUCGCUGUAUUAAGCCCAACGAGCUGAAGAAACCCAUGAUGUUUGAUCGAGGUCUCUGCUGCCGUCAACUUCGAUACUCCGGCAUGAUGGAGACGAUUCGAAUACGUAGAGCUGGUUAUCCUAUAAGGCAUGGAUUCAGGGAAUUUGUGGAACGCUAUCGUUUUCUUAUACCGGGCGUGCCGCCAGCACACCGAACAGACUGUCAGGCAGCUACGUCGCGCAUUUGCUCCAUGGUUCUGGGCAAGUCCGACUAUCAACUGGGCCACACAAAGGUCUUUUUAAAAGACGCACACGAUCUGUUCCUCGAGCAAGAGCGUGACCGUGUCCUAACCCGAAAAAUUCUCAUAUUGCAACGCAGUAUUCGGGGAUGGGUCUACAGGCGACGCUACCUGCGAUUACGAGCUGCCGCUAUUAGUGUGCAACGCCUCUGGAAGGGUUACGCUCAGCGCAAACGUUACAGGAACAUGCGAGUGGGAUACAUGCGACUGCAGGCCUUGAUUCGUUCACGUGUUCUGUCUCAUCGCUUCAGGCAUUUGCGUGGACAUAUUGUGGGCCUACAAGCACACGCUAGGGGCUACUUGGUGCGUCGCGAGUAUGGUCACAAAAUGUGGGCUGUGAUUAAAAUUCAGUCGCAUGUGCGUCGUAUGAUUGCUGUUCGAAGAUAUCGAAAGAUGCGCUUUGAGCAUAAACAGUUCGCUGAAGUGCUGCAGCUGCGCAAGUUGGAGGAACAGGAGUUGCUGCAUCGCGGUAAUAAACAUGCCCGUGAAAUUGCUGAGCAGCAUUAUCGGGAUCGAUUGCACGAACUGGAAAGACGGGAGCUGCAAGAGCAGUUGGAGGAUCGUCGACGUGUUGAAGUUAAAAUGAAUAUUAUCAAUGAUGCUGCCCGAAAACAGGAGGAGCCCGUUGACGAUAGCAAACUGGUGGAGGCCAUGUUUGACUUUUUGCCCGACUCAAGUAGCGAUGCUCCAACACCACAUGGAGGUCGCGAGACUUCGGUCUUCAAUGAUUUGCCUCAUGCGCAGACGGUUAAUCAGGAGGAUAUAAUUGCACCAAUUCAUAUUUCGGAGGAUGAGGAGGACUUGUCUGAGUAUAAGUUCCAGAAAUUUGCGGCUACGUAUUUUCAGGGCAAUGUGAAUCAUCAAUACGCAAAGAAAGCGCUGAAGCAUCCUCUCCUGCCACUCCAUACUCAAGGUGAUCAACUUGCGGCUCAAGCUCUUUGGGUUACCAUACUUCGUUUCACGGGCGAUAUGCAAGAGCCCAAAUAUCAUACCAUGGAUCGCAUGGAUACCACAUCGGUUAUGUCCAAAGUAACAGCAACUCUAGGUCGCAAUUUUAUCAGAAGCAAGGAAUUCCAAGAGGCACAACUAAUGGGCCUGGAUCCUGAGGCCUUUCUUAAACAGAAACCUCGCUCAAUACGGCACAAGCUCGUCUCCUUGACGCUCAAGAGAAAAAACAAAUUGGGAGAAGAUGUACGCCGUCGCCUGCAGGAUGACGAGUACACUGCAGAUAGCUAUCAGUCUUGGCUUCAAUCACGUCCCACAUCAAACCUAGAGAAGCUGCAUUUCAUCAUUGGCCAUGGUAUAUUGCGUGCCGAGCUUCGUGAUGAAAUUUAUUGCCAAAUUUGCAAGCAGCUAACCAACAACCCACUCAAAUCAUCCCAUGCCCGUGGCUGGAUAUUGUUGUCGCUUUGCGUGGGAUGUUUUGCGCCAUCAGAGAAAUUUGUUAAUUAUUUAAGGGCGUUCAUAAGAGAGGGUCCGCCCGGGUAUGCUCCAUACUGCGAAGAGCGUCUGAAACGCACAUUCAACAAUGGCACUCGCAAUCAGCCGCCUUCGUGGUUGGAACUUCAGGCUACCAAGUCAAAGAAACCUAUCAUGCUGCCCAUAACUUUUAUGGAUGGCAACACAAAGACACUUCUGGCAGAUUCGGCUACAACGGCUCGUGAGCUGUGCAAUCAAUUGUCUGACAAAAUAACGUUAAAGGAUCAAUUCGGAUUCUCCUUAUAUAUUGCACUAUUUGACAAGGUUAGCUCAUUAGGCAGCGGAGGCGAUCAUGUAAUGGACGCUAUAUCACAGUGCGAACAGUAUGCCAAGGAGCAGGGUGCCCAGGAGCGUAACGCGCCGUGGCGUCUCUUUUUCCGCAAGGAGAUAUUUGCGCCAUGGCAUGAACCAACUCAUGAUCAGGUGGCUACGAAUCUAAUUUACCAACAGGUCGUCCGAGGCGUUAAAUUCGGUGAGUACCGUUGCGAUAAAGAGGAGGACUUGGCCAUGAUAGCUGCUCAACAAUAUUUCAUCGAAUACGGUACUGAUAUGUCUAUGGAGCGUUUGUUCACGUUGCUGCCAAACUUUAUACCUGAUUUUUGUCUAAGCGGUGUCGAUAAGGCAAUUGAACGCUGGGCUGCCUUAGUGUUGCAGGCAUAUAAAAAGUCUUACUAUGUCAAGGACAAGAUUGCACCACUGAAGAUCAAAGAAGACAUCGUUAGCUAUGCCAAAUACAAAUGGCCGCUACUCUUUUCACGUUUUUACGAGGCGUAUCGAAACUCUGGACCAAAUUUGCCAAAAAAUGAUGUCAUCAUAGCGGUCAACUGGACUGGUGUUUAUGUCGUGGAUGAUCAGGAGCAAGUGCUAUUAGAGCUCAGCUUUCCAGAAAUCACGGCCGUCUCCAGCCAGAAGACAAAUAAGGUAUUUACGCAAACCUUCAGUCUGUCCACGGUUCGUGGCGAAGAGUUCACAUUCCAAUCUCCCAAUGCCGAGGAUAUACGCGAUCUAGUCGUGUAUUUUUUGGAUGGUCUAAAAAAGCGCUCAAAAUAUGUAAUUGCUUUACAAGAUUAUCGUGCUCCCUCCGACGGAACUAGUUUUCUGUCAUUUUUCAAGGGCGAUUUAAUUAUCCUAGAAGAUGAGUCGUGUGGUGAGUCGGUUCUAAAUAAUGGAUGGUGCAUAGGUCGAUGUGAUCGGACGCAAGAACGCGGAGAUUUCCCUGCUGAGACGGUAUAUGUGUUACCCACUUUAAGCAAGCCUCCCCAGGAUAUUUUAGCACUGUUUAACAUUGAAGAGGCGCAUCAUGGUCGGCGUCUAAGUAUGGUCUCCAAUGGUGGAGUGGUCGAACCUCGCGACCGACCGCAUACACUGAUGGAAUAUGCAUUAGAUCAUUUCCGUUUGCCUCCAAAGCGCACUAUGUCCAAGACAUUGACGCUGAGCUCAAAGCGCAGCGAAGAACUUUGGCGGUAUGCCCGGGAUCCCAUCAAAGCGCCAUUAUUACGUAAGCUGCAGAGCAAGGAGGAACUAGUAGAGGAGGCAUGUUUUGCGUUUGCUGCUAUACUUAAAUAUAUGGGUGAUCUCCCAUCAAAACGGCCACGUAUGGGCAACGAGAUUACCGAUCACAUCUUCGAUGGUCCUCUAAAGCAUGAGAUAUUGCGCGAUGAGAUAUAUUGCCAGUUAAUGAAACAGCUUACGGACAAUCGGAAUCGUAUGUCUGAAGAACGAGGUUGGGAGCUGAUGUGGCUAGCAACCGGUUUGUUUGCCUGCUCGCAGGGUCUGCUCAAGGAGUUGUUACUAUUUCUGCGUUCACGACGACAUCCCAUCUCGCAGGAUUCAAUGCAUCGCCUUCAGAAGACCAUACGUCAUGGUCAGCGUAAAUAUCCUCCUCAUCAGGUGGAGGUCGAGGCCAUACAGCACAAAACAACACAAAUCUUCCACAAGGUCUACUUUCCUGAUGACACGGAUGAGGCAUUCGAAGUGGACUCCUCAACACGCGCCAAGGACUUUUGCAACAACAUCUCACAGCGGCUCUCAUUGCGCACUAGCGAGGGUUUCUCACUGUUUGUCAAAAUCGCGGACAAGGUCAUCUCUGUUCCGGAGGGCGAUUUCUUCUUUGAUUUUGUACGCCAUCUGACCGAUUGGAUAAAAAAAGCACGACCGAUACGUGAUGGAGCCAAUCCACAGUUUACAUACCAGGUCUUCUUUAUGAAAAAACUGUGGACGAACACUGUGCCAGGCAAGGAUCGUAAUGCCGAUCUUAUCUUCCAUUACCACCAGGAGCUGCCCAAACUCUUGCGUGGCUACCAUAAAUGCUCUCGAGAGGAAGCUGCCAAGUUAGCUGCCCUUGUGUUCCGUGUACGAUUCGGGGAAAACAAACAAGAGCUGCAGGCCAUACCACAAAUGCUGAGGGAAUUAAUACCUUCCGAUAUUAUGAAAAUGCAAAGUACGAGCGAAUGGAAGCGAUCCAUUGUUGCAUCUUACAAUCAAGAUGGCGGCAUGAGUUCUGAAGAUGCCAAGGUUGCCUUCCUAAAAAUUGUCUAUAGAUGGCCAACGUUUGGCUCUGCUUUCUUCGAGGUAAAGCAGACAACCGAGCCAAACUAUCCUGAAAUGUUGCUGAUUGCCAUCAAUAAACACGGUGUAAGCCUUAUACAUCCAGUAACAAAGGAUAUACUCGUUACACAUCCGUUCACACGCAUCUCAAACUGGUCGUCAGGCAAUACAUACUUCCAUAUGACUAUUGGUAAUUUGGUACGGGGUUCUAAGUUGCUUUGCGAGACUUCGCUGGGUUAUAAAAUGGACGAUCUCCUGACUUCAUAUAUAUCAUUGAUGCUGACCAACAUGAACAAAAACCGAACAAUACGAGCCAAUUAGGAAACUGAUUACUUUAACCUAACCAUUACCAUAUUUAUAAUAAUUACAAAUUAUAAAUGCAAUAAUUUACACGAGUAGAACUUAUAAGAUCUAAGCUACCAUGAAUCCUCCCCUAAACUUAUUUCGCCUCUUUUAGUUAGCUAUAUAUAAAAUACGUUUAUUCUGUUUGGUACUUAUAUUAUCAA